AUGUUCUGGUCAAAUCAUGUCCCCUUUGCAGGGCUUUGCUCUCUGUUUCUCGACGUCGCUUCUGCGCAGACAAAGUACGAGGUUCAAAAACCUCCACUUGAUACCGACUGGACUUACAAGGUCGGCACCAAUCCUUGGCCGGAACAUCCGCGGCCGCAGCUCAAGCGCGAUGCCUGGCAGAGCCUGAAUGGCAUUUGGACAUGGAGCGGCCAUGGUGAUCUCAGCAAUCCGCCCAAGGGGGGCCCUCUUGAUCGCGAGGUGCUGGUUCCCGCCUGCAUCGAGAGCGCCCUGUCGGGAUUGCAGAUCCUCGACGAGCGCGAGUUUUGGUACCAGAGGUCAUUCGAGGUAUCGGAUGACUGGAAGAAUCAGACUGUUCUACUUCACUUUGAGGCCGUCGACUAUAACUCAACCGUAUUCGUCAAUGAGAAAGAAAGGACGACGCACAUUGGGGGCUACGACCGCUUCACUGUUGACGUGACGGAGGACAUCAAGUUUGGUGAGUCGAAUGAGCUGCUCGUCUUUGUGAACGACCCGACAGACGAUCAAGUUAUCCCCAUUGGCAAACAGACCUUGCGGCCGAGUCACAUCUUCUAUCGCUCCUGCUCGGGUAUCUGGCAGCAAGUCUGGCUCGAGGCCGUUCCGAAAGACUACAUCACCGAUCUCGACCUCACUGCGGGUGCAGAUGGUGAAGGUCAGCAAUCCCCUGUUCCCGGUGUCUUAUCCGCUGACCAUUCUGUUCCAGUUACCGCAACAGUCCACACUUCUCAAGCGUCUGGCAAAUCCGCCAAAGUGGUGAUCGAAGCCAGCGACGGUACGAAACUGGCCUCCCACGAAGGAACGACCGAUGAAGAAUUCACUUUCACCGCCAAGUCGCCGAAACUUUGGUGGCCCGACUCCCCCACGCUUUACAACAUAACCGUAACACUUAACAGCGGAGACACGGUACACAGUUACACCGGCUUUCGAACUAUAUCCAAAGGUAAAGUUGAGAACGUCACACGGCCACUUCUCAACGGUGAGUUUGUGUUUCAGUUUGGAACUCUCGACCAGGGUUUCUGGCCCGAUGGAUUGUACACGCCGCCGAACAGGGAGGCCAUGGUCUCCGAUUUGAAGCUUCUGAAGAAGUUUGGCUUCAACAUGGUUCGCAAACAUAAGAUCAAAUAUGAGCCUCAUCUGUUUUACCAAGCAUGCGAUGAGCUUGGCCUGCUGGUCAUCCAAGAUAUGCCCAGUCUGCCUGCAGACGGCAACCGCAAGCCCAACGACGCGCAGCAAGCCGAGUUCCAACGACAGUUCGAGAUUCUUGUGAAACAACACAAGAGUUACACUUCAAUCGUCACAUGGGUCAUCUACAACGAGGGCUGGGGUCAGCGAGAUGGGUCUCCUGAGAAGAGCUUGACUGAGCUGCUGCAGAAGCUUGACAAGUCGAGACUCAUCAACUCUAUCAGCGGAUGGAACGACCACGGAUUCGGAGACUUCCACGACAAUCACAACUAUGCAGCACCUCAAUGCGGCACGCCAUUCUACUCGCAACCCAAGACCCCAUAUGAUCCUGAGCGCAUCGGUAUUGCAGGCGAGUACGGUGGCAUCGGUCACAACGUCUCGAUUGACCACCUUUGGAACGUCAAGCAAGCCAUCGAUAGCAUCCCCGAGACAUACGAAAUCAACGAGAACCUCGACUCAUAUAAUUAUCGAUCCGGCGUCUUAUUCCGAGAUAUUCGCGAGCAAACUCAGCGUUUCGCUUGCAGUGGUGCCGUAUAUACCCAGACGAGCGAUGUUGAAGGCGAGGUGAAUGGUCUGAUCACCUACGAUCGUCGGUUCGUGAGACCAGAUGUUGAGAAAUGGCAGAGUGAGAUUGCCAGUGUAUACAAGGCUGCAGCUUCUCGAGGCGGGCGUGAGUCUGAUGGGAAUGGGAAGAGAGCAGCCGAAUCGUUACUGGACUUGUAG